AUGCCUAAGAGUAAGGGCGGCCUUGGAAUUAAGGAUUUAGUGUGCUUUAACAAAUCUCUGCUUCCUAAGUGUCUGUGGACAUGCAUUAAUGAUACUUCUGCAUUGUGGAAAGGGCUUCUUGUUUCCAAGUAUGGGAAUCUAAAUAAAAGACUCAUGGUGAAGAGGGAACCAGGGAACAUGCUAAUGGAAUCACAGUGGUGGAGAGAUUUAAUGAGACUUAGAGAUUUAAUUGAGAAGGGGAGCUUUAUGAGACAAGUUUCUUACAAGAUUAAGGAUGGGUGUCUAUUAUCAUUUUGGCACGCAUGCUGGUUGGGGAAGGAGCCGUUAAGGUGUGCAUAUCAUGACCAGUAUAAUGUUUCCGUUAUGAAAUGGGAUUCUGUCAUGGAUAUAGGUAAUUGGGUGGGGAAAGUUUGGAUAUGGAAUCUUCACUUUGGGGAUCAAGAUUUAAUGGGUAAUCUGCUUGAGGAAUUCACUGAAUUGUUGAAUUUUCUCAUGGAGGUUAGGUUGCACCGAGUGUAG